CAUGAUAGGUAGAAAAGAUUUCUGCGCUUCAGGACAGAUACUGAUGACUGACCUAAGCUGCCUUGCCUAUGUACUGGAAGAAUGGGCUGUUCUGGAGUUUCUGAAGAAAUACCUUUUUCAUAUGGUCAUUGUCUCACUGACAAUGAGUACAAUAUUAGUUUUUUUUAUAGUUCCUUUAACAAUCCUCUUUUGCAUUUACCUUAGUAAUAUUUUGCUUUUAAUAUAUCAGAGGAAUGGUGAGGUAAAAGCAGAUCCCUUGAGUGAUGUCUGGAAUAGUGCAAGGAAAACUAUAGCAAGCUUUUGGGAUAUAUAUGCAAGAAUAUGGCAUGGUUAUGAGCUUCAUGGUGUGGAAAACCUACCGGAAGGACCGGGUAUUCUUGUGUACUACCAUGGAGCUAUUCCUGUAGACUACCUUUACUUUUUGUCUAGGCUGUUUCUCUGGAAGAAAAGGCUUUGUCUGUCAGUAGCUGAUCAUUUUGUCUUUCGUUUACCAGGACUUAAAUUAUUAUUGGGAGUGACGGGUGUUAUGCCAGGUACAAGGGAGGAGUGUCUCGCUGCACUGAAGAACGGACACUUGGUGUCCAUCUCACCAGGUGGAGUCAGAGAAGCACUAUUUAGUGAUGAAAGUUAUCAACUCAUGUGGGGAAAUCGAAAAGGCUUUGCUCAGGUAGCUCUGGAUGCAAAAGUGCCCAUCAUUCCAAUGUAUACUCAAAAUGUCCGGGAAGGAUAUAGGAUGUUUAAAGAAAGAAGAUUUUUUAGACAGUUAUAUGAAAGUACUCGAUUGCCAUUUACUCCUCCGUAUGGAGGACUUCCAGUAAAAUUUCGCACAUACAUUGGGGAGCCAAUCCCUUAUGAUCCAAAUAUAACUGCAGAGGAAUUAGUUGAAAAGACAAAGACUGCCGUCCAGGCUCUCAUAAGCAAGCACCAAACAAUCCCAGGCAGCAUAUGGAAGGCUUUACUGGAACGAUUUGAUAAACGUCGUAAAAGUGAUUAGAAUUAUUAUCUUUAUUUCAUUGUUUUUACAGCAUACAAUAAAAAACAAUGUCCUAUGGCAAUGAUGACUAAUAAUUGGUGUUCAACCAGUUUAAUUUACAAGUUCCUACAGAUUCAGCAGAAGAAAACAAUUAACCUCCUGAAGGUUCCCCUGUGUCUUUAAGGAUAUUCUGAAGUCAGAAAGACUAAAGAAGAAAACUUAUGUAUAAUAGCAAUGCAACAGCUAAAUUCCUCCAAAGGAAAUCAUGUAGCCGGGAUUUGCCUGGUUCCUAAAACAAGUAUCUGAGAGCCUCGGUUUUGUCUAGCUCUGUGAUUCUAUGUUUUGAGCAGUUCACGGUCCAGUUUCAGAGUAGAGCUUCUGGGUUGGUGUCCCACCAGAGUCCACCCCUGAGUGGGCACCUUCCCUGUUGGACCCCAUGCAGGACAGUGUCAGAAAAGAAACUGUCUUGCUUUAGCUAAUGAUCUGCUACUUAGCCAUUUUUCUAGAGAAACUAUACAAAGAGAAACAAUCCCAUUAAACCAGAUAUUCAAAUUCUACAAACAGAUCAGCUUAGUGGCUUGGUACCCUGGAAAGUAGGAAUGCUACAUCCAAGACUUUGCCCCAACAGAAAAAAGUCCCUUAGAGAAAAAAAGCUUUAGCUAAGUGUAGCACUAUGCAAAUACACGUAGAAAGUAGUUUCAAGUCUGAGCUGGUAUAUUUGUGCAUUAUUGCACCAUACAAUACUGGUUUAGUGGAUGUGAGGCUGCCCCCAGCCUGAGAAUCCCUGCAUCAUAGUGUGCUUGCAGUAUGGAUGUGCUGUACUCACUCCGACCUCCCUGUGAGCAGGGAGGCAGCUGGGGGGGAGCCUUCUUAGGUAAUGCAGCCCUGAGGCUUAUCUUCACUGGUUGUUUGCCUAAAAAUGCAGUAUUGCAAUGCUGCCAUCCCCAUAUAGAUUGAACCUAAAUGUGUGUUUGGAAGGGUGGACUUAGGCAGUGUUGUCUUCCUAAUACAACUUGCAGAAUAUUGAAAACUUACUACAAAGCAGAAUGUGUUUUUACAAGCUGUGGGAUGUUGUUACUGGUAGGAGUGGGUGAAUUUUGUGUAAUCUGUCCAAUAUGCUAUUAAAUGCAACCAAGUCUGUUAACUUCAAACACUAAGAAAAGUAAUUUUUGUGCCUUGUUUUUCCUUCUUGUACUUUCAAUACCUAUAUAACCUUUCCCCUCAACAUCCUAAAACUUUAGGUAGCAUCUAAGGAAAUAUAUGCAAUG